AUGCAGUGGCCGGGGCAGACUCUCGGGGUCCGGGUCACGUUAGUGGAGCCAGGUAAAGGCUGUUUUUGUUUUGACAGCAGGCAGAUUGCUUUUAUUAAUUAUCUCUCCGCUAAUGCAGAAUGAUUCGGCUGGCCGAAACAAAAGGUUCAUUAAGCAGGUGUGUUUUUGAUGACUUUCGUAAUUUGGCUUUGGUUCGCAACGCGUGUGUGCACGUAUUAGUGUGUUCAUGUUUAUGUUAGUGAGAGAGAGAGAGAGACAGAAAGAGAGAGAGAGACAGAGACAGAGACAGAGACAGAAACAGACAGAGAAAAAGAAAGAGAGAGAGAGGGGGGGGGGGGGGGGGGGGGGGGGGGGGGGGAGAGAAAUGAUAGGGUAGAAGGGAGAAAUCGCUCCACACUGCUCAUCCACAUUAUCAAGCUGUCAGCCAGUCAUUUAGUCUCCCUGCUCUGGCUGACAGGCUCCUCAGGGACCAUGCUGCACACCAUGGCCAAACAGGCUGUACUCCAUCACCAACACCACCACAGAGGAACAGCAGCCCUCUCUUGAGGAAUGGAGAGAGACAAAGCUGAUAGCGUUUUGGCUGAGUAAACAGUCACAGGGCUGAACCUGCUGUAGUCAGUGUAUAGAGGACUCUAACAGGGAAUAGGGUCUGUUCCUCUCAUCACACACACAGUCUUUACUAUCAUCCUCCACAGACCUCCUAAAGCCUACCCAGCAGGACCCUGGCCAGCUGUGGCUUGCUUUUAGAGGGUACCCAUCCCCAAAUCUGAUGGGACAGACAGACUCCAUCUGGCCUGCACUCUUUCUCUCCCUCUCUCUGCACCCCCUGCAGCUAACCAUCCCAGACCAGAAUAUUUUACCAGAAGGGUCCAACUGAAUGAAUACAGCAUUUAAAUGAAUCUAGAACAUCGGCCAAAUCUCUGUGUGGCAAGGUUGGACACAGGCAGGCAGUCUGUUGUGUACCCAUAGGGAUGAACACCACAGUGACUCUGUGUAAAAUAAAUGGUACCAUGACCUCCCUCCUUCCAUCCCCCGCUCUCCCAUCCUCUCUUCCUCUUAUCCUCCCUUCCUCCUCCACGCUGCAUACUCCUUGUAAAUUAAAUGGUACCAUGACUUCCCUCCCUCCUUCACUUCCUCUCAUACAUAGUCCAUUUCUCCACUCCAUUUCUGCACAAUGUGCUCCUGUAGAUUAGGACAUGUAUUGGGCCUUCAAUCGCCCUGGUGAAUAACCAGGAGGGAAUAUAUCAGCACCUCUCUCCUUUGUCUGUGUUUGAGCAUGACACUAAGGCGCAGCCAAGCCUGUGCUAAUCUAAGGCUAGCUAUGCACACAGGGGCAGGGAACCUAGCUUGCUGUGUCAUGCUAACACACACACCACACCAACGAGUUUGGUGGAUGGUGGAGCCGCAAUCUAAAUCUCUUAGCUGCAGGUUUGAACUCUUAGUCUCGCUUAGCAGAGCCAGACGAGCAGGUUCUUUCUUUUUUUAGCAAAUUCAGCCGAGGAGGAGGGAAGAGGUGUUUUUAGCCUGCUGCAGUCGCUCCAGGUGUCCCUCCAUGCUCUGUAGCUGACAGCUUGCAGCUCAGACUGUAUUUCCAUAUCUAUCUCUCUAUGCUUUGUGCCUAAAAGCAUUAAAAGCAUUUGUGCCUGUCUGCUUCUCCUCUUAACUCUAACAAUAUGGAGAUGAGUUCAGAAGUAAGAGAAACACACUCUGCAAUCCAAACACUUGAUAGUAGAGGUGUACUAGAUCAGUCCAACACUGUCCAAAAUGGAGAGUUGAGAAGGUAGUAAUAGCAUUCUUCUGUCUGUCAGUGAGGUGUGUUUUCAUGAUAUGAAAGCCGUAUCAAAGCUUCUCUCUGCUCUGAUUGAUGGAGAAAUCUCACUGUUCUUUUUCUCACGUCUAUCCUCCCUCUCUCUUUCUCUCCCUCUCCCUCUCUCUCUCUCUCCUCAGACUCUCACGGGAUGGAUCUGUUUGCGGUAGCAGUGCAUGAGUUUGGUCAUGCUAUUGGCCUGGCCCACACCUCAGCCAUAGAGUCCAUCAUGAGGCCGUACUACCAGGGCCCUGUGGGGGACCCACUCAAGUACAACCUCCCCUAUGAGGACAAGGUCCGCGUCUGGCAGCUUUAUGGUACGUACCUCAAAUCGCCUCACCAUCACGGGAAAAAGGCUGAUAAAGGGUAUAAAGUAGAUAGCGACAUAACACCACAGCUGCUUCUUACCCUGCAAAGUUUCCCAACACUGUGAGUAAUACAUACAGUGCAUUCAGAAAGUAUUCAAACCUCUUCACUUUUCCCACAUUUUGUUAUGUUAUACAGCCUUAUUCUAAAAUGGAUUAAAUUGGUUUUUUUUCCUCAUCAAUCUACACACAAUACCAUGUAAUGACAAAACAAAAACAGGUUUUUAGACAUUUUUGCAACUGUAAACAAAAACAAAAAACGGAAAUAUCACAUUUACAUAAGUAUUCAGAUCCUUUACUCAGUACUUUGUUGAAGCACCUUUGGCAGCGAUUACAGCCUCGAGUCUUCUUAGGUAUGACGCUACAAGCUUGGCACACCUGUAUUUGGGGAGUUUCUCCCAUUCAUCUCUGCAGAUCCUCUCAGGCUCUGUCAGGUUGGAUGGGGAGUGUUGCUGCACAGCUAUUUUCAGGUCUCUCCAGAGACGUUCGAUCGGGUUCAAGUCUGGGCACUGGCUGGGCCACUCAAGGACAUUCAGAGACUUGUCCCGAAGCCACUCCUGCGUUGUCUUGGCUGUGUGCUUAGGGUCAUUGUAAUGUUGGAAGGUGAACCUUCACACCCAGUCUGAGGUCCUGAGAGCUCUGGAGCAGGUUUUCAUCAAGGAUCUCUCUGUACUUUGCUCCGUUCAUCUUUCCCUCGAUCCUGACUGGUCUCCCAGUCCCUGCCGCUGAAAAACAUCCCCACUGCAUGAUGCUGCCACCACCAUGCUUCACCGUAGGAUGGUGCCAGGUUUCCUCCAGAUGUGUCGCUUGGCAUUGAAGCUAAAGAGUUCAAUCUUGGUUUCAUCAGACCAGAGAAUCCUGUUUUUCAUGGUCUGAGAGUCCUUUAGGUGCCUUUUAGCAAACUCCAAGCGGGCUGUCAUGUGCCUUUUACUGAGGAGUGACUUCCGUCUGGCCACUCUACCUAAAGGCCUGAUUGGUGGAGUGCUGCAGAGAUGGUUGUCCUUCUGGAAGGUUCUCCCAUCUCCACAGAGGAACGCUGGAGCUCUGUCAGAGUGACCAUCGGGUUCUUGGUCACCUCCCUGACCAAAGCCAUUCUCUCCUGAUUACUCAGUUUGGCUGGGCAGCCAGCUCUAGGAAGAGUCUUGGUGGUUCCAAACUUCUUCCAUUUAAGAACGAUGGAGGCCUCUGUGUUCUUGGGGACCUUCAUUGCUAAAUAAAUGUUUUGGUACUCUUCCCCAGAUCUGUGCCUUGACACAAUCCUGUCUCUGAGCUCUACGGACAAUUCCUUCAACCUCAUGGCUUGGUUUUUGCUCUGACAUGCACUGUCAACUGUGGGACCUUAUAUAGACAGGUGUGUGCCUUUCCAAAUCAUGCCCUAUCAAUUGAAUUUAACACAGGUGGACUCCAAUCAAGGUGUAGAAACAUCUCAAGGAUGAUCAAUGGAAACAGGAUGCACCUGAGCUUUUUUGAUUGGAGUCCACCUGUGGUCAAUUCAAUUGAUUGGACAUGAUUUGGAAAGGCACACACCUGUCUAUAUAAGGUCCCACAGUUGACAGUGCAUGUCAGAGCAAAAACCAAGCCGUGAGGUCAAAGGAAUUGUCCUUAGAGCUCUGAGCAGGAUUGUGUCAAGGCACAGAUCUGGGGAAGGGUACCAAAAAAUGUCUGCAGCACUGAAGGUCCCCAAGAACACAGUGGCCUCCAACAUUCUUAAAUGGAUGAAGUUUGGAACCACCAAAACCUUUCCUAGAGCUGGCCGCCCGGCCAAACUGAGCAAUCGAGGGAGAAGGGCUCUUUAUGUUAGAGCGGGCAGACGGAAGCCACUCCUCAUUAAAAGGCAUAUGACAGCCCGCUUGGAGUUUGCUAAAAGGCACCUAAAAGGACUCUCAGACCAUAAAAAAAACAAGAUUCUCUGGUCUGAUGGAACCAAGAUUGAACUCUUUAGCUUCAAUGCCAAGCGACACGUCUGGAGGAAACCUGGCACCAUCCUACGGUGAAGCAUGGUGGUGGCAGCAUCAUGCAGUGGUGAUGUUUUUCAGCGGCAGGGACUGGGAGACUAAUUAGGAUCGAGGGAAAGAUGAACGGAGCAAAGUACAGAGAGAUCCUUGAUGAAAACCUGCUCCAGAGCGCUCAGGAAUUAAUGUCCGUGAGUGGCCCAGCCAGAGGCCAGACUUGAACCCGAUUCAACAUCUCUGGAGAGACCUGAAAAUAGCUGUGCAGCGACGCUCCCCAUCCAACCUGACAGAGGUUGAGAGGAUCUGCGGGAGAAGAAUGGGAGAAACUCCCCAAAUACAGGUGUGCCAAGCUUGUAGCGUCAUACCCAAGAGGACUCGAGGCUGUAAUCGCUGGCAAAGGUGUUUCAACAAAGUACUGAGUAAAGGGUCUGAAUACUUAUAAAAAUGUGUAUUUUAUUUUCUUUAUUUUAAGACUUCUAAAAAACGGUUUUUGCUUUGUCAUUAUGGGGUAUUGUGUGUAGAUUGAUGAGGGGGAAAAAACCUAUUUAAUCCAUUUUAGAAUAAGGCUGUAACGUAACAAAAUGUUGAAAAAGUCAAGGGGUCUGAAUACUUUCUGAAUGCACUGUAUAUACGCUACCGUUCAAAAGUUUGGGGUCACUUAGAAAUGUCCUUGUUUUCGAAAUAAAAAAAAUGUGUCCAUUAAAAUAACAUCAAAUUGAUCAGAAAUACAGUGUAGACAUUGUUAAUGUUGUAAAUGGCUAUUGUAGCUGGAAACAGCUGAUUUUAUAUGUAAUAUCUACAUAGGCGUACAGAGGCCCAUUAUCAGUCCUGUGUUCCAAUGGCACAUUGUGUUUGCUAAUCCAAGUUUAUCAUUUUAAAAGGCUAAUUUAUCAUUAGAAAACCCUUUUGCAAUUAUGUUAGCACAGCUGAAAACUGUUGUGCUGAUUAAAGAAGCAAUAAAACUGACCUUCUUGAGACUAGUUGAGUAUCUGGAGCAUCAGCAAUUGUGGGUUUGAUUACAGGCUCAAAAUGGCCAGAAACAAAUAACUUUCUUCUGAAACUCGUCAGUCUAUUCUUGUUCUGAGAAAUAUAGGCUAUUCCAUGAGGGAAAUUGCCAAGAAACUGAAGGUCUCAUACAACGCUGUGUACUACUCCCUUCACAGAACAGCGCAAACUGGCUCUAACCAGAAUAGAAAGAGGAGUGGGAGGCCCCGGUGCACAACUGAGCAAGAGGACAUAUACAUUAGAGUUUCUAGUUUGAGAAACAGGCGCCUCACAGGUCCUCAACUGGCAGCUUCAUUAAAUAGUACCCGCAAAACACCAGUCUCAACGUCAACAGUGGAGAGGCGACUCCGGGAUGCUGACCUUCUAGGCAGAGUUACAAAGAAAAAGCCAUAUCUCAGACUGGCCAAUAAAAAGAAAAGAUUAAGAUGGGCAAAAGAACACAGACACUGGACAGAGGAAGAUUGGAAAAAAGUGUUAUGGACAGACGAAUCGAAGUCUGAGGCGUUUGUAUCACAAAGAAGAACAUUUGUGAGACGCAGACCAAAUGAAAAGAUGCUGGAGGAGUGCUUGAUGCCAUCUGUCAAGCAUGUUGGAGGCAAUGUGAUGGUCUGGGGGUGCUUUGGUGAUGGUAAAGUGGGAGAGGUGUACAGGGUAAAAGGGAUCUUGAAGAAGUAAGGCUGUCACUCCAUUUUGCAACGCCAUGCCAUACCCUGUGGACGGCGCUUGAUUGGAGCCAAUUUCCUCCUACAACAGGACAAUGACCCAAAGCACAUCUCCAAACUAUGCAAUAACUAUUUAGGGAAGAAGCAGUCAGCUGGUAUUCUGUCUAUAAUGGAGUGGCCAGCACAGUCACCGGAUCUCAACCCUAUUGAGCUGUUGUGGGAGUGCCCAUCAAGCCAAUCCAACUUGUGGGAGGUGCUUCAGGAAGCAUGGGGUGAAAUCUCUUCAGAUUACCUCAACAAAUUGACAACUAGAAUGCCAAAGGUCUGCAAGGCUGUAAUUGCUGCAAAUUGAGGAUUCUUUGACAAAAGCAAAGUUUGAAGGACACAAUUAUUAUUUCAAUUAAAAAUCAUUAUUUCUAAUCUUGUCAAUGACUACAUUUCCUAUGCAUUUUGCUAUAUUUCCUAUUCAAACUAAUUUCAUGUAUGUUUUCAUGGAAAACAAGGACAUUUCUAAGUGAGCCCAAACCUUUGACCUGUAGUGUGUAUGUGUCUAUCUAUCUACCUCCUCUCUCCAUCUCGCAUAUUCCAGUCAUCUGCCACUCCAUUCUCCUCUCCACCUUUCUUUCUUAUUACCUAUGUUAUUUAUAGUACUACAUUGAUAUUGAUUACUGCAUUGUUGGGUUUAGAGCAUACAAGAAAGGCAUUUCACUGUACUUAAACACGUGACAUUAAAACUUCAAACUAUUUCAGUCUUCCUUAUCCUUCUCUCCAUAAAUCUGAACACCUCUUGCCUUGCUACUCCUCUAUAAUUAUUUUAUACCCGCCCCCCCACACGCCUACCUCACUUAUACUUGACAUACAUCAAUUGACUGGCAUCCUGCCAUCCCUUCUAUGUACACAUACUGUGCGGAAAAUCCUAGAGGGACUGUAUACAUUAGCUGUCUAAUCUACAGGCACAGACCGCCCCACUCUCGCACCCACAACCACCCCUCAAACCUCUCACUGCAAAUGUCUCCUAGAAUUACCCAUGAUUCCUAGUGGGACGUGUCCGCCCAUCCCUCAGUGCAACGCGGCGGUGCAGAGCAGGAAACCCAAGGCCUCGGCACAGGAAGCAGAAUUGAUUAGUUUGUAUGCAGUGAUAAUUGAUUUAAUUAGCGUGCUGGUUAGAGUGGGAGGGAGCGGAGAGAAGGCUUUAAUUGGUCAUCUCUGUGGCACAGACUCUGCUUAUCACUGUGUGCCAUGUUACUGAGAGAGGGGGGGAGAGGAAGACGGAUAGGUGAGAGGGGAUACGUGGCUGGGGUAGAAGGGAAGAGACUGGAGAGGUAACAUGCAAGGUAGGACAAAGGACAAAGGAGAGAGAGAGAGAGAGAGAGAGAGAGCAAGGGAGAAAACAUGUUGAAUCAUGCUGGCGCUGUAGAGGGGGUGUAUGCUUGGAAUGUAUGUAUGUGAAUGUGGGGUUGUGUGUCUCUAAGUACAGUUGAAUUGACCCUUGACCUCUGGUUCUUCCCAGGGGUGAGCGAUUCAGUGUCACAUACGGCCCAGCCAGAUGACCCCUCCCAGACCGCUGACCCACCUGUACUACUGGACCUCCCUGAGAACAGAUCUACUGUCCCGUAAGUCACACACACACACACACACACACACACACACACAUUCACACUCAAUAUAAUAAAUCUGCUGCUGACACACAUACACUCACCCACUGACAUACACCCAGAGGCCAGUUUAUUAGGUACAUCACCCCGUUCACGAAAAUGGUUCACUCCUACAGACAGUGAGUCACGUGGCUCCGGCAUCAUCGAGGCAUUCAGUUACUGUUCGAUUGAACGUUAGAAUGGGCAAAACAAGUGACCUAAGCGAUUUUGAGCGUGGUAUGAUCGUCAGUGCCAGGCGCGCCGGUUCCAAGAAUAGUGCAACAAGCAAAAAACAUCCAGUUAGCGGUAGUCCUGUGGGCGAAAACAGCUCGAUGAUGAGAGGUCGAAGGAGAAUGGCAAGAAUCGUGCAAGCUAACAGGCGGGCCACAAGCAGACAAAUAACGUCGUAGUACAACAGUGGUGUGCAGAACAGCAUCUCGGAACGCACAACUCGUCUAUCCUUGUCACAGAUGGGCUAUUGCAGCAGACGACCACACCAGGUUCCACUCCUAUCAGCUAAAAACAAGAAGAAGCAGCUCCAGUGGGCACACGAUCACCAACACUGGACAAUUGAGGAGUGGAAAGAUAUUGCCUGGUCCGUCAAAUCCCGGUUCCUAAUGGCAGAGUCAGGAUUUGGCGCAAGCAGCAUGAGUCCAUGGCCCCAUCCUGCCUGGUGUCAAUUGUACAGGCUCGUGCUGGUGGUGGUGGUGUAUUGGUGUGGGGAAUGUUUUCGUGGCACACUUUAGGUCUCUUGAUACUGUACCAAUUGAGCAAUGUUUCCAUGCCCCGAAGAAUUCAAACUGUUCUGGAGGCAAAGGGGGAUCUGACCCGGUACUAGAUGGGUGUAUCUAAUAAACUGGCCACUGAGUGUAUAUCCACACACACCCGUAUACAUCCAAACUCAAUCUCAGAAACUUACAGACCCAUUCUCCCUCCCUCAGUCUUCAGACUGUCCUGCAGUUCAGCGAGUUUGGACACUGUCACAAUGCCGCAGAGAGAGAUAGCAGUCCUUAUUUCACCUUGUUUCCCUGUGUGCUCAGAGUAUAAAAUGAGUCUGUUUAUAACACACCCCGUCGCCUGUGUUCACACACCAGACCACACAGCACUCAACAGCAAGUGUCAGAACAGAAGCACCAAGAAAAUAAUAGAUUUUCAUACUUGACUGGUAGAAAGUGGAUACUUUAUCCUCUUUUUGUUAUUUUCCCCCACUCCUCUCUGUAGCUUUCCCUUAUCAUUUCUCGGCCACUCCAUCUUGCAGGAUGAUGUGUGGACAAGGUAGAUUUAGCCUGACAAAGGUCACUAAUAUAGUCCUCUCUGCCCAGCUCCUCUGUUAAUAGUCCCUGAAUAGAGAUCUUUGUUAAUAAGGAGCUAGGCGAGUAGCGUCUCACAAAAGCAGCCCUGUUGUGGUAAUUGCCUCAUCAUUUGCAGCCCGGACACGUCAGGCGCUUAAAGUCAGUCAUUAGCACUGGGAUAAUGCAUGCGAGGACCUCGGUCUCCUGCGUCAGGAUGAUAACAUCUCCCUGGAUGUUUGGCCUGUUUUUUAAUUGACACACACACACAGUAGAUAAACACACUAACAUAGUGUGCAUGGACGCUCUGCACACAUAAACACAAACACUGGUUUAAGAUGAGAAGACACUGAUUUAGACUGGCAUAGUGGUUUGGUGUACAUUCUGUCUUAGUUUCUUUAAUUAAUUCCACCCUCCCUCUCUCUCUUCCUCUCUUAGGCCAGCACGAGAUUCCCCUGACAGGUGCACCAGUCACUUUGAUGCAGUGGCCCAGAUUCGUGGGGAGGCCUUCUUUUUCAAAGGUACAGAGAGAGGCCAGAGGGAGAGAGAACAGUUUGUGGCACUGCCUGCAAUCGAUAUAAAAGGCAGCCAAGCAUGUCUCUCAGAGUUCCACACACACCUUCACACUCCCUGGACAGACAGCCAGAUAGACAGACCCUGGAGGGGCCCAUUGUCCCAUGUUGACUGUAAAACUAUAUGGUUUGAAUUGAGGAUAGACACAUGGCCAGGUCUCUCUCGAAAAAUAGAUUCUUAAUUAACAUCUGUUAACCUCAAGAGACCUCCAUGAUAAUAUAAAAUGUUUAAUUUGGUCUGUAUGUUAUGGACGCUGUUAAUAGUCUGUAGAGCUGCAGAUUAAAAAGUAUUAUACAACGAGUGGGUCUAAUCCUGAAUGCUGAUUGGUUAAAACCGCAUUCCAGCCGGUGUCUAUUCCACAAGUUACCACCAGCUAAAUCUAUGACGUUGAAAUGCCUAUUUACUCUGUUCCAUCUGACUGCGCAAUCCACUGUCUCAUCAGCCCAGCCAGGCAAUUUAUAAACUUGAUCUCCACUAUAAAAAGCAACUAGACAUUAUCUCACAUUUCUUUUAGACUAAAAUUUAGUUUUCAACAGCAGAGAUUCGUAUAAACCUUGCUGUCUGUCUCCGACAUUUGCAACAUUGUUUCAAUAUGGAAAAUUCGAUCUCCAGCUGUCCCAUAGUAAUGAACGUGUCGGGAGUCGGGACGAGACAGAAAGGCAGGCAGCUUUUCUCAGCCAGUUGAAAUCAUGAAUCAGCAUAAUUUUUAUGGAUAUACACUACCGGUCAAAGGUUUUAGAACACCUACUCAUUCAAGGGAUUUUCUUUAUUUUUACUAUUUUCUACAUUGUAAACAUCAAAACUAUGAAACAACACAUAUGGAAUCGUGUAGUAACCAAAAAAGUGUUAAACAAAUAUAAAUAUAUGACCCAGUCGUUCAGUCUUUUUGUUCUGUAACUAUGGACAGUCGUACGUUCUAAAUGUUCCAUUGUCAUACUGGCUGGUUUCAAUUUGGUUGAGGUCGGGGGAUUGUGGAGGCCAGGUCAUCUGAUGCAGCACUCCAUCACUCUCCUUCUUGGUAAAAUAGCCCUUACACAGUCUGGAGGUGUGUUGGGUCACUAGAAAACAGCUUAAACAAACGCAAAUGCAGCUACUUUGCUGUUAUUCUGGCUGCAAUGUUUGACGUGACUGUAAGUUAACUAUAGUUGGCUAGCUAGCUAGCAAGCAAGGGAUAAGAACGUUGCCAGCCAGUAUGGCAAUGGAAUAUUUAGAACAAACUUAGACUAACUAAGUUGGUCUGAGUUGGGUCACAGCCUCUGUAUUAUUGAAGUGAUAAUGCCCGAGGAGCCAGUGUUUGGAGGAUAUAUUGGCAUGGGUGUUGUCCAACACAGAUACUGGAAGCUAGGCUGAAUCUGCCUCUGUGUUCGCUUGGUUGGUUCAGCCAGCUGAGUGCCUGCCCGGGUACAAUAUACUCUGCGGCAUCCACACAUGUUUGCCCUUUGGACCAUUUGAAUAUGGACAACAGCAUAAACAAACUCACUCAUAAAUAAACAUUGACACACAGGAUGCAUACAAACACACAACUUUCACUACUGUACACUCAUACAGUACACUCCCACACAUACACAAGUGUGUACACACAUUCACACAAACACUUAAACAGAGAGAGAAUGACUUUGUACCCGUGUCCUCCUUUGCCUAUUUUUUCUUCUUACUUUUCUUUUCUUCCUACAUUCUCUCUCUUCCUCCUCCUAGGGAAGUAUUUCUGGCGUCUGACGCGGGAGAAGCACCUGGUGUCUCUGCGUCCGGCUCAGAUCCACAGGUUCUGGAGAGGCCUGCCUACCAACCUGGACAGUGUGGACGCUGUCUACGAGAGACCUGGGGACCACAAGAUAGUCUUCUUCAAAGGUACCCAACCCAGAAACCCAGUCAUGGUUGUGGUGGUGGCAGGGAGGUCAACCAUAUACCAACUAUGUUUUAUCAACUAUGAAAGGGAGUGUUGUGACAUAACUUGAAGGUUUGUAAUUGGUCGGGGAGACUGUUAUGACUAUUAUUUUGAAGUGUCAGGGCUGUUCGAUGAAAUGUGAAGGUGUUCUGAGAAGCACAUGAAAAGAGGUCCAUCAAGUGAUGUGUCAUCAUGGGCCUUGAACUGUGUUAACGGUUUUAUGGAUGACAGAGGGUUUAAAAAUUCAAUUAAGAUUACAAAAGCACAAAAACAAGGACACCUCUCUUACACCUCUUGGUAAAAAAAGUUUAUUUCUCUGUCUGUAUUUCAAAGUCAAUUCAAUAGUUUCAUCACAAAACACAUAUAUUUAUUUUUAUUUAUUGUAUUUUGUAUUACUUUUCUGAGCUUACGGCACCUGGUAUUUCCAGGCGGUCUCCCGACCCAGUACCAACUGUGAACAGGCGUGUUCAGGGUGGUAUGGCCACAAGCUUAUUUUUUUACCCCGUUUUCUCCCUGAAUUUGGUCCCUUGGCUCAUCUCUGCAACUCCUCAAUGGGCUUGGGAGAGACGAAGGUUGAGUCAUCCAUUCUCCGAAACAUGACCCACCUACUUCUUAUCACACUGCUCGCUUAACCCGGAUGUCAGCCGCACCAAUGUGUCGGAGGAAACACAGAGUCAGCUUGCACGUGCCCGGCCCAGUCACAAGGAGUCGCAAGAGCACAGUGAGCCAAGGAAAGCGCCACCGGCCAAACCCUCCCCUACCCCGGAUGGCCAAUUGUGCGACUUCCUAUGGGGCUCCCGGUCACCGGCAGUUGUGACACAGCCUGGGAUUGAACCCCAGGCUGUAGUGGCACCUCUGCACUGCAGUGCAGUGCUUUUGACCACUGCUCCACCCAGGACCCACAAAACACAUUUAAUCACCAAUCACUUUCAUUUAGUUUAGUUAUCAAAUUAGUAGUUUUUUUCUUUGCUUUGAUGCUAUUUUCACAAGUAUGUGGUGGAUUUUCACACUUGUAAUGCCCCCUAUCUUAUGUUCAGAACCUUUGAUUGGGCAUUCAUUGGUGUUUCACACAUCUUUCACCCCUGAGUCAUUCAUGCAAAAGUUUUCUGUGAAAUACCAUGAGAACAUUUUGUUUAGUCACCAAUACAUCAGAUAAUGAUAGGUUCACCAUUUAAUCAUUUUAACUACCAUUAAAUCCAAUAGUAAAAAAUACAAGAUACAAAUUUCAAAACUGAAUAGUAGAUUUCCAUACAGAAUUUGGCUAUAACUUGACAUGCACAAUUUUGUUUUUAAUUUGUAUCCAAUGGCAGGUUGUGAGCAUGUUUAGAAAUGUCAGGCCCUGCGAUAGACUAGCGUCCUGUCCAGGGGGUGUACUUGUACAUCAAGCUGCCUUAUACAAUACAUACGUAGGACAAACCAGGAGAAAUAGGGGUAUUGUAAAGCAGUUGGCUAUUGUAAAAACGUAGCACAGUGUUGUAUGCCAUUUCUUCCCCAUGGAACAUUGUCAAGAUCAUCUUUUCUAUGUGACUUGUCAACUGAUACAGUACCGCCUGUCUCUCUGCUUAAAUUCAUCAGCUUACAGUGUAACAAUGAAAUUCAGAGAAUGAGUGGAAUAUUGUUAUAUACAACCCAGGUAUUUCAGCAGUGCAUUGUACACUACACUAUAAUUCCAAAUGGUAGCACAUAGUGGCUCUUUCCACUUUGUCCUAUUGAAGCACCUUGGCUGAUGGAGAAUGAUGAUGUAGUAUUUAGAGCUUAGAGUUUUGAAACAUGAGCCAUUUUGAUUACCUGUUUAGAUUUUUGUGCUUAGAGUUGUGAAAAUGUACCACAUCCGAAAAUUGCACCAAAGUGUUUGAAAAAAACUGUUAACAAGUUAUCCAGUUAACUCUCGUUGAUUGACGUUCCUUUGUCCUGUCUCCUCAGGACUAAAGUAUUGGAUAUUCAAGGACAACAACGUGGAGGAGGGUUAUCCUCGGCCAAUCAGUGACUUCGGCCUGCCAAUGGAGGGCGUGGACGCAGCCUUCGUGUGGCUCCACAACGACAAGACCUACUUCUUCAAGGACAACCGCUACUGGCGCUAUGAUGACCAUCUACGGCGUAUGGAUCUGGGCUACCCCAAAGACAGCACACUGUGGAAGGGGGUCCCGCCCCAACUAGACGAUGCCAUGCGAUGGUCGGAUGGUGAGUAUUAGACAAACGCACACACACACACAGUUCAUCAGCGUCCACAUCACCACUCUUGUCAAGAGCGUGCAACAGCAUCUCUAUUUCCUAAGGCGGCUGAAGAAAUGUGUCAUGCUGCACCGGGUCCUCUCCAAAUACUACCGCUGCACCAUCGAGAGCGUCCUGACUGGUUGUAUUGCGGCCUGGUACGGGAAUUGCUCCGUCCACGACCGCAAGGCACUCCAGCGGGUGGUGAAGACGGCCCAGUACAUUACUGGUAAUGUGCUCCAACCCUCGGAACGGUGAGGAAAGCAGGCAGCAUCAUCAAGGAACCACACACCCCAGCCAUGAGCUGUUCUCUCCCUUACCGUCGGGCAGACGGUAUUGGAGCAUGAGGUCUGAUACCAACAGGUUCAGAGACAGUUUCUAUCUACAAGCCAUCAGACUGCUGAACACUUGAACUGGACUGACCACCUGCUCUGAUUCUCCACACCUUAGCACACAUACACUCAUUCAUGCACACACCCACACAGACAUAUACACUCACUGGCCAGUUUAUUAGGUACACCCAUCUAGUACUGGGUCGGACCCCCCUUUGCCUUCAGAACAGCCUGAAUUCUUCUGCGCAUUCUACAAGGUGUCGCAAACUUUCCACAGGGAUGUUGGUCCAUGCUGAUGCGUUGGCAUCACGCAGUUGCUGCAGACUGGAAGGUGAUACAUUCAUGCUGAGAACAGCCGUUCUCUCGUACCAAACAUGCUCUAUUGGGAUGAGGUCUGGGGACUGUGCAGGCCACUCAAGUAAGCUGAACUCGCUGUCAUGUUCUAGGCAAUAUUUUUCCACUCCUCAAUUGUCCAGUGUUGGUGAUCGCGUGCCCACUGAAGCCACUUCUUCUUGUUUUUAGCUCAUAGGAGUGGAACUCAGUGUGAUCAUCUGCUGCAAUAGCCCAUCCGUGACAAGGAUCGACGAGUUGUGCGUUCCAAGAUGCCGUUCUGCACACCAUUGUUGUACUGCACCGUUAUUUGUCUGUUUGUGGCCUGCAUGUUAGCUUGCACGAUUCUUGCCAUUCUCCUUCGACCUCUCUCAUCAACUAGUUGUUUUCGCCCACAGGACUGCCGCUGAAUGGAUGUUUUUUGUUUCUCACACCAUUCUGGUAAACCCUAGACACUGUCGUGCGUGAAAAGCCCUGGAGGGCCGACGUUUCUGAGAUACUGGCUCUGGCGCGCCUGGCACCGACGAUCAUACCACGCUCAAAGAUGCUUAGGUCACUCAUUUUGCCCAUUCUAACAUUCAAUCGAACAGUAACUGAAUGCCUCUGCCUGUCUACCUGCUUUAUAUAGCAAGCCACAGCCACGUGAAUCACUGUCUGUAAGAGUGAUCAAUUUUCGUGAACAGGGUGGUGUACCUACACACACAUCACAACUGCUGCUACCAGACUUAUUAUAGUGCUCAGUUUAUACACUGGGCCCCAUCACCCCCUUCUCCAAUACACGUGUGAAUAUUGGACUAUAAAUUGUGCCUUCCUGUAUUAUACUUACGCUAAAAAAUGUAUUCUAUUCUACUAUUCUUUUCUAUUUUUAUAUUAAAUUUUUUCUUAUUGUUGUUGCAUUGUCGACAAGGAACCUGCAAGUAAGAAUUUCAUUGGACGAUGUAAACCAUGCGUAUCCCGUGUGACUAAUACAACUUGAAACACACCAGUGGAGGUUGCUGAGGGGAGGAAGGCUCAUAAUAAUGGCUGGAACGGAGUAAAUGGAAUGGCAUCAAACACAUGGAAACCAUGUGUUUGAUGUAUUUGAUACCAUUCCAUAAAUUCCGCUCCAAUCUCUACCACAAGCCCAUCCUCCCCAAUAAAGGUGCCACCAACCUCCUGUGACACACACACACAUCAAUAUGCUAAACAUACACAUAUACUAUCACAUAUACACUCCAUAUACACACGGCACUCACUUCUAAACACUCACACAAUAGAAGCUAAAUACUUACACAUACAAUACACUGCACUUACACAAAAAUAACAAGCGGUUGUCAAAAAGAACGCACAAAUAAUGGAGUACCUCACUGUAUUUUAUUCAUGCCUGCCCUUAGGCUGCUGACAGUAGGACUAGCCCACACUGGGUCCUUUUUCUCUCCACUCCCUCCUGCUUAUAAUAGAAUAAUAAUAUAUGCCAUUUAGCAGACGCUUUUAUCCAGAGCGACUUACGGUCACGUGUGCAUAAAUUUUAUGUAUGGGUGGAAUUGAACCCAUUAUGCCGGCGUUGCAAGCACCAUACUCUACCAACUGAGCUACGAAGGACCAGGGCCAAUAGGGCUCUGCUCUGGUCAGAAGUAGUGCACUGUAUAACAGGGUGUCAUUUGGGACUCAACCAUAGUGGAAUGGGGCUGGCUGGUCCAGGAAGGAGAGAGAAGUCUGUGUUUUCAUUGUUGGGUUGUCAUGGCAGCAAGCGCCUGCAGCUGGGAUAUGUUUGUUUGUGUGUGUAUGUGUGAAUGUGUGUGUGUGUGUGUGUGUGUGUGUAUGUGUGUGUGUGUGGUGAAUGAUGGACGGAGUCAAGCACAGGAGUAAAAUAACCGGAUGCAGAUGUAUUCCUUCCAGACAUACAAUGCGCCUACAACGGCAAUCGAAACAGGUACAGGGGAAACAAUCCUCCCUGACCAAACACAGUCUCAGGAAAUACAAUAAAUGUAAUGACACAGGGGAAAAUCAACCCUGGCAAAAUAAAUGAGAGAGUAUCUCAACCGAGCUACUCUCCUCCCACAUAGAACAAUCACUCACAAAGACAAGGGGGCAGAGGGAACACUUAUACACAGACUAAUUAGGGGAUGAGCACCAGGUGUGUGUGAUUGACAAGACGAGACAAGUGGAGUGAUGAGAAUGGGAGCGGCAGUAGCUAGUAAGCCUCGGCGGAUGUCGUGACAGUGUGUGUGUGUGUGUGUGUGUGUGUGUGUGUGUGUGUGUGUGUGUGUGUGUGUGUGUGUGUGUGUGUGUGUGUGCGCGCGCAGCUGGGAUAUGUUUGUGUGUGUGUGUGUGUGUGUGAGCAGGAUGGUGCUAGGGCAUCAUGUCUCAGCUCAUGCACAGCACUCUCAGCAGUGAGCUCCUUAUUCAUGCCUAUCUCAGAGUCAGCCCCUUAGCCGUGGAGGGCCAUUCCAACUGCAAUUAAAGUACACUCACCACCUUAAAGAUUGGGAAAUAUUUACAUAAAUCAUAUCACACAAAAGCACACAUGCAUUAAACACCCCUCACCUCUCCAUCUGUCUCACAUAAACUCAAGCCCACACAUACACAAACAAACAGUCAAGCCUUUACUGUAGCUUCACAGUACACACACAUAUCAAAUAGCUUAUCAAAAUUAUUCAGUAAUACACAAAGGCAUUACACACACACAAACACGGCACCAGCCCAGUCUCCACAGUAGCCAGUUAGAUCCUCAUUCUCCCCUGUAGUGGCUCCUGUGGCUGAGCGCUACCCUCAUUCAGGUGCUGGGCUCUUUACCGCUGCCAGCUCCAGAGGUCCUGCUCAGAGCUGAUUGAUGUGUGUGUGUAAGCACAGGCCACGUGCAAAAGCGAUAGUCCCCACACAGCUUGAGCUACCAGAGUGGAAGCACACACUUAAACACACACCUAGGGGCCUGGGAACUGGAAGCACAUCAGAGAGCUCUCUCUCCAGGCCUAUUCCAUCACCUCAGGAAGAGAGAGAGCUGUGGCGACAGGGAUGGAGAGAGAGGGCAAGAUAGUGCUAGGGAGGAUGAGAGCUAGGGAGGGAGGGAUAGAGAGAGGGUGAGAUAGCGGCUGAGAGAGAGGAGACAUAGGCAGGAAGGGAUGGAGAGAGGGGGAAUGACAGAGAUAAGGGAGGGAAAAAAUUAUAUGCGAGAGAGCGAGUGAGAGUUUAUUUUGUGGAAAAAACAAACUGGUGGAUAGAGAGAGCGGGACUGAUAGGAAAACAGUGCGACAGAAUCAAGCGACAUUGAUGUAUUACCAUAGCAAUUGCAAUCAUCACCACAGUCCCCUUCUAGUCCUCAUGCAGCCUCUGUCUUCUUCCUCUCCUUCAGACUCCUCAUACUUCUUCAAGGGGAAGGAGUACUGGCGCGUGGUUGGCAGUGAUAUGGAGGUGGAGCCUGGGUACCCACGGCCCAUAGGAAAGGACUGGCUGGUGUGCACAGAGAUGCAGUCAGACUCCCCAGCCACAGAGGCCAAUAACACGGCAAACCCGCGGCUACACGGGCAGCACCACGCCGACCACGCCGAAAAUGGCUACGAGGUAUGCUCCUGCACCUCCGACUCUGCUUUACCCCUGGGAGCCCGGCACUCGCCCUACCCCCUCUGGCUGCUCGCCGCUCUCUUGACUCUCUUGGUGGUACAAUCCUACGUCCCUCUAUGA